UUUUGACACCGGAAAUGCGGCAUCGAGGCUUGGCUACGUCUGGUAACCAGGCAACCGACGCUAAGCCCGCACGGCGUCAUUAUUCUGUUAAAGGAUUACUGUGUGGGAUUAAACGAUGCUCCUCCAUUGUCUUGGUAAAUGGUCAAGAUCUGUCCCAAUCCAGCCACAAUGAAGCUGUCGAGGCGUUCCGCUCGGCCAAGGAGCCCAUCAUCGUAGAGGUGCUGCGGCGGACCAGCAAGAACAGCGGUGGAUCCGGCGGUGGAUCCGGCGGUGGAUCGUCCAGCAGUCACGGUGGAUCCGGUGGAAGGGGGAUGAAAACGCGCUGUCCCACCAUGGUCUCCAUCGGCACUCAGACGGAGGAGGAUUUUUACUGCUACAACCGGCCGCCCACCCCGCCCCCGGGGUUCUACCCCAUACCACUGACGACUGG